CAGGCUUGUCACUGCUGCUUCGCUCGUACAAGUACAGCAGGCCAGCUUCUAUAGUUGUUUCGUGCAUCAUGGUAGCAGGAGGAAGGUUGCUCCUGACCAUCGUCAUCUGCGCUGGACUGAUGGGUGCAGGCAGCGAAGCUGCGACCUCGGUUAUCAUCGGCAUGGCCCAGUGCGCCAGCUGCGCGAGGAAGAGCAUGAAUGCCGAGGCGGCGUUCAAGGGUCUUAAGGUGGCGAUCAAGUGCAACAACGGUAGCAGCGGCGCCGGCGAGUACGAGAGGAAGGCCGUCGGGGACCUCGAUGGCACGGGCGCCUUCGCCGUGCGCCUCCCCUCCGACGUCGACCUGCGUGGAAGCGCCCAGUGCUUCGCGCAGCUCCACAGCGCGGCGAGCAGCGAGCCGUGCCCCGGGCAAGAGCCGUCCAAGAUCGUGCCGCUGUCCGACGAGGGCAACGGCACCUUCGUCGCCAUCGCCGGCAAGACAAAGCGCGUCGUAUCGACGACGCCGGAGUGCGCGGCGGCCAACAUCUGCUUCCCGUGCCACAUGUUCGGACGGAAGCCUCUCUACAUGCACCGCCACAUGAAGCCCAUGCCGGACUACGGGGUGCCCACGCCGGUAUACGCUCCGCCCGUGUACGGCACCCCUGCGCCGAGAUGCCUGUGCACCCCUACCCCGGAGCCGGGAUGCCAGUGCCCGUCUACGACGCCGGUUUAUGGGACGCCCAUGCCGGAAUACGAGCCACCUCCAACCCCGGAAUUCCGAACACCCACGCCGGACUGCCCUCCUGAGGCGCCGGAGUUCGGGACGCCGACGCCGGUAUACGCUCAACCCGCGGCUCCUGUGUACGGGACUCCGGCGCCAACAUGCAUGUGCUCCCCUACUCCGGAAGCCGGAUGCCAGUGCCCUACUGCAACUCCCGCGCCGGUUUACGGGACUCCGGCACCGGUUUACGGGACUCCGGCGCCGAGAUGCAUGUGCUAUCCUACUCCGGAAGCCGGAUGCCAGUGCCCGACUGCAACUCCCACGCCGGUGUACGGGACGCCGGCGCCGAGGUGCCUGUGCACUCCUACUCCGGAAGCCGGAUGCCAGUGCCCUACUUCGACUCCAACGCCGGUGUACGGCACACCGAUGGCUCAACCCCCACCCCCGACGCCGGUUUACGGGACACCCACGCCGGUGUACGGGACGCCGACGCCGAGAUGCCUGUGCACUCCUACUCCGGAGCCUGGAUGUCAGUGCCCUUCUUCCACUCCCACGCCGGUGUACGGGACGCCGAUGGCUCAACCCCCUCCUCCCACGCCGGUGUACGGAACUCCGACGCCGAGAUGCCUAUGCACUCCUACUCCGGAGCCUGGAUGCCAGUGCCCUUCUUCCACUCCCACGCCGGUGUACGGGACGCCCGGGCCAGAGUACCCAGGCACAUACCCUCCUUACACGCCGGCGCCGGUGUACGGGACGCCCACGCCGGUGUAUGAACCUCCGGCGCCGGAUUACGGAGCAGCGCCGACGCCAGAGUGCCCUCCUGCCGCGCCGGAGUACGGCACGCCCAUCUACACUCCCCCGGCCCACCACUGAGACGGCACUGGCUCCAUUAAUAUAGUAUGGUAACUCUGACUUACUGGUACGUACAUGCAUGGGGAAUAAAAGUUAUGGGACUUAACUGAUUGUGGCGAGGUGACGCAUGAUUUGCACGGAACCAGCUUUGAUGAGACGAUAUGGAGCUCGCUGUGUCUUGUUUCUUGUACUCUGUGAUUUGUUCGAAUUUGGCAAUUGAAGCUGAUUGUUCAUGAU